CAAACCAAAAUAAUUUUCAAAUUCAAAACAAAACAUUCUUAAUCCUCACGUAAUCCGCCCCAAUUUGAAAACCUUCGUCUUCUCCACCAAAACCCUAGUUCAUCACCUCUGAAAUCCAUCCUGUAAAACCAAAUCAUCCACAAAUCACUUGCAAAAAUCAUCACCGAUGGCUACAUCGGCGUUCAAAUCCACCACCAGAAGACCUCCGAUCACUACAUCUUCCCCGUCAACCGACGAUUCACCGGCAUCUUCAUCUUCCAAACCUCACCGCCGUUCCAGAAGCGUCAGCAGAUUCUCACGGCCGAUUCAACCGGAUAUCGAAUCAGCCGUUGUUCCUACUCCAACACGCAACUUCAGAGGCUCCGAUUUUCCGGAAAUUAGCCUCGAUGAUCUCGCGAUUGAGUUUUUUUCGAACGGUUCGGAGUUUGAUGAUGAGAGUGUGAGCAGUAGAACCAGCCGGAGAGAUCGUGUGAAGCCGGAGUUAACGCCGGUGGAGUCGCGACGGCGUUCUCGGUCCGUUUCGAGGUGUCGUAGUGGUGUGAAUUCAGCUGUUGCUGGUAGUGGUGGUGCGGUUUCGAAUUCGUAUUCUCAGAGGCGUGGUAGAUCUGUUUCCAGACGAAACGAUGGUAAUUUUACUGCUUCUAAUGCUGUUAGUGAAGCUAGGGUUGUUUCGAAUGGUGAUUUGAGGAGGAGGCGUUCGGUUUCGGUUGCUCGGCAUCAGAUUAGUGACUCUGAGAGUGAUAUAGAUUUUUCCCGGAGUUCUGCUAGUCAACCAAAAUCUAGGAGCAUGAAUAAUGGCAAUGAUCGGGUUGCUUCUUAUCAAAGACCCACAGCUUCAAGCCAUCGAAGGCUCACUAGGUCUAUGAGCCAAGCUCCUCAACUGAGGCCGCAUGAUGGCUACUCGAGCCAUUCUUCAGCAUUGACUGAUGAGGAUUUAAGAGAUGCUCGUUAUGGUAGAAAUGAGAUUGAGAAGACUAUUCGAGCCGUGUAUGCACAAAAAAAGAUUGACCAUCCUACUGGGGAUGAUGCUAACAAUGGGAUUUAUGAAGCAAUGAGAAAAGAACUUAGGUCUGCUGUCAAUGAAAUAAUGAUAGAACUCGAACAGAACAUGGAAAGAAAGCCUUCUGCAUCAUCUGUCCAUGAUCGAUUAUAUUUAAACGGUUCAGAUGCUACAACAAGAAAGUUUAAACAGCCAGAGAAGCGUAAACAAGAUUUAUCAACAGAGAGGGUAUUCAAGGAGCAACAGUCUCAAGAUGGGUACAAAAUUGUUAGGGAGGUGGUUCCCAAGUCGAAGAGUAAUGCUAAAGCACCGUCACUCGCGCACCCUCGAAAGAGGAGUAAUGAUAGGAGCAGAAUGUCCAAAAGAUUAAACGAAGAAGCUGAAAAAUAUUUUGAAGAUUUUCUAUCAAACGUUGAAGAUACGGAUUUCUCUUCUUUUGACGGCGAAAGAAGCGACACGAGUUCAACUUUACUUGGAAGUACAACCAAACAAAACCGUAUUCCUGUUGAAAUGGAAGGUGUUAAUCUACCUUGGUUGAAAUGGGAUGACAAUGAUGGUGUUCGCCCUACAACUGCGAAAACAAAACUGUGGGACCCGUCUCAGGAUUUGAAAUUUAUCCAAGAACACCGCAAUGGGUCCAGCAGCAGUCGUGGAAAUUGGAACCCUGAACAUACACCUGCAAAUUCAACAGAUAUGAAAGGAAAUAAAUUUAAUAAAAUGAAAAGUCCGAGAUUCGACAUGGGUAGGUAUUUGGACCUCGAGAGGACUGAAGAGCUAUUAUUUGAUAGUUGGAGGGAUAGAAGUGUAAUUAUGUCUGGUGGUCUAUUGCUUUGCCCCCUUUUGAAACCUUAUUGACAUUUUUGGUCCCUGAUUGUAUGUUGGGCCUUAGGGUUUUUUUUUUGUUCCUUUAUUGGCUCGAUUUCAUUUCUUUUGUAGCUUUCUUCUUUUUUAUGAACUAACUCUUGUUAAGUUCUUCUAUUUUUAUUGUUAAUUUAUUGAGUUAGUUUGGUUA